AUGGCUGAUUCCAGCCCAGAGCCUAAAUUAUCCCCAGUGGAUUCUGCUCCGACCUCUCCCAUAUUCGCUAAACCUCCCAGCUCAGGGCUACCUCCUUCCAAAGCCCGGGCUAGUUCGCGCGACGACUUUGAAGAGUCGUCGAGGCCCGGGAAGAGACCGAGACUCGACGGACCUUUCAUGACUGCCGCUGCCGCUUUCGCCGAGGAACGACAGAAGGCAUCUCAAUCUACACCUCCGCCAACAUCUGGAACAAGUCCAAAUCCGUUGCACCAAGCCCGAAGUGCGCUCAUGGGCUCAGACCAGACUGCGACGAGCAAAGCUCCCGAGGCAACACCAGAAAUUCCUUCAGAUCCCACCACUACCCUCAGUGAACCACUGGCUGUAGUCGCAGAAAACAUUCAGCAACUGCCCGCUUCUGCUCCGGAAGGCUCUUUUACUGGAGAUAACCAUGCAGCGCUGACCAGUCCCACAAGCAUGUCGAGCGGCGGGACAUUGGGCACGCUAGAAGGCAUGCCGGGGGUCUCGGGUAUGACCACCACCGUGGGCAGCCCACUCGCGCUUGAAGACACACUCCGCCAGGUGGUGAAUGCAGAUGCAGGCUCGACUUCUCCUAGCGAUGUCGCAAAGACAGGGGCGCUCUCAUAUCCAACCCCCUUCCUACAGCCGCAAGUAGCAGAAAACGCUGCUAGACGAGGGAUGAGCUUGCCUCAUUCCGGUACACGCCAAGCCAAGAAAAACCCUACGUCUGCUCGACCUGUUCAUCGCGAUUUCGCCGUCUUCAUGACCUCAAGCGGCACACCAAGCUUCAUACCGGCGAAAGGCCUCAUAUAUGCCCUAAAUGUGGUCGGAAGUUUGCUCGGGGGGAUGCAUUAG